UCGCAACUUGUGAUCAUUUCUUGAUAGACAUCGUGUCGUAAGGGUUCUGUUAUCAUCAUGGCUGCUCCUAAGUUUUUAGUAGUAUGCCUUUUAUGUCUUUUAGGUCUUGUGAACGGCAUGGGAAGUAACACAAAUGAAGCAGAGGCCAUCAAAUUCCUUAAUGAAUUCAACGAACAAGCAAUGAUUGAAUAUUAUAUUACAACAGAAUUAUCUUGGACCUACAACACAAAUAUAACAGAAUAUAAUCAACAGGCUAUGAUUGAAAGGAACUUGGUACAAGCUGUGUUCAAUAAAGAAGCGAGGACGAACGCUAGCAUGUUCGAUAGUACCAACUUCAACAACGACACUAUACGUCAACUUGAGAAUCUGUUGUACAUUGGGGAUUCAGCCCUGCCUGAUGAACAGCUUGCAGAGUUAAAUAAGGUGACAGCGUCGAUGGAGACAAGGUACGCAACAGGGAAAGUGUGUGACGAAGAAGGAAACAAUUGUGAAUCACUUGAACCAGACUUGACACGGACUAUGGCAACCUCGAGAGACUACUUAGAGUUGUUCAAGGCCUGGAACGGUUGGAGAGCUGCAGUCGGUGCACCGGCCCGCAAAGACUACAUCAGUUAUAUUGCACUAAAGAAUGAAGCCGCAGAAGCCAAUGAUCAACCAGAUUGUGGUGCUUGGUGGCGUUCGUGGUAUGAAGUGGACGAUCUUGAAGGGGAUGUUACUAAAUUGUUCGACCAAUUGAAACCACUCUAUGAGAACUUACAUGCUUAUGUAAGAAGGAAGUUAUACGAGGUAUAUGGCGAAGGCUAUAUCAACCUGAAAGGACCAAUUCCAGCUCACUUACUAGGAAACAUGUGGGCGCAAUCCUGGAUAAAUUUGCAAGAUCUUACGGAGCCGUAUCCAGGUAAACCCUCUGUUGAUAUCACACCGGUACUUGUCGAAAAGGGAUAUACAGCAAAGCGAAUGUUUAACGUAUCGGACGAAUUCUUCACCUCAUUGGGAUUAAUUCCAAUGCCAGAGCCGUUCUGGGAAAAAUCCAUGAUCGAAAAGCCUACAGAUGGCAGAGAGGUGGUUUGCCAUGCCUCAGCUUGGGAUUUCUCGAACCAAAUCGACUUCAGAAUUAAACAGUGUACGGAUAUUACUAUGGAUGAUUUCAUCACCAUCCAUCAUGAGAUGGGACACAUUGAGUACGAUCUCCAAUACAAGGAACAACCGGUGGUGUAUCGUAAUGGUGCGAACCCUGGCUUCCACGAGGCUGUCGGUGAUGUAUUAGCAUUGUCCGUGUCUACGCCUAAGCAUCUAAAGUCUGUUGGUCUUUUAGACGAAGUUGAGGAUGACGAGGAGGCGGAUUUGAAUUUCCUAAUGAGUAUGGCUUUGGACAAAAUCGCAUUCCUUCCUUUUGGAUACUUGAUGGAUAAGUACAGAUGGGGAUUGUUCGAUGGUUCUACAUCAACGGAUGAAAUGAACAAAAGUUGGUGGGAUCUCAGAAAGAAAUUUCAGGGUAUUGUGCCACCAGUGGAGCGUACAGAAGCUGAUUUCGACCCAGCUGCAAAAUAUCACAUCCCGGCAGAUGUACCUUACAUCAGAUACUUCGUGAGCUUCGUUAUCCAGUUUCAAUUUCACGAAGCUCUGUGCGCAGCAGCGGGACAGACGGGACCCCUCUAUAAGUGCGAUAUUUAUCAGUCAAAGGAAGCAGGAACUCUCUUGUCAAACAUGCUGCAACUGGGGUCCAGUAAGCCGUGGCCAGAUGCAAUGGAACAGAUAACAGGUCAACGUGCGAUGGAUGCGUCCUCCCUUCUCAAGUACUUCGAACCGUUGACCAAAUGGCUAGAAGAUGAAAAUAUGAAAAAUAAAGAGACACUCGGCUGGCCCGAGGAUACAUGGAUGCCAGAACAUCCUACCAGCGGUACCACUAUGGUCUACUUUAGCAAGUUCAUCGUACUAGUGACGUCAUUGGUGACGUUUCUUUUCGUUAGGAAGCUGGAAUAAGUACGAGUGUGCAACUGCAGUAUUCAACAGUCGAUGAAAUGCCAUUAAUGACUUGACUGUUACAAUAUUGAUUGCCAACGUUUUUGUAGUAUUCUUUGAUUAGAAGAAAAGCUGAUACAAUGUUUUUACAAAAUAAUAUAUUAAAGAUAUACUGGUGCACAAAAAUCAAUAAUCCCUCGGAAAAAAAAAAUUGAUUUGAUCUUUUUAAAUACAACCACGUAAGAGCGUUUAAUAAUUUUCAAUUUAAGCUUGGUUUUACUAUCGCUAAACGCUAUCGCUGACAGCUUUCGGUGACAGGGGUGGCGUCAACGCGGGGGGGGUGCAGGCCCCCCCGCCGGGGAGAGAUGCCCCCCCCCCCGGGGAGAAAAGGCACAAUUCGUCGGGGAGAAAAAAAAAUUAUAUGUAUUUUCCAGCCUUUGAAACCCCUAAAUUGUCAAAAUUCUCAGGGGCUUCGCACCCAGGACCACUUUCGAAACCUUUUAAUCGAAGCUCGACCAUGCCCAAUUUGCUUUCGUCAUGGAAAUCUGAUCCCUCGUCGGGGCAUCGGCCCCCUUGUCGGACGUCGCCCCCCCCCCAGUUCGGUGAUGUUGAUUGUUCUGUCGGUCGGGGCCCUGCGAUUGCUACGCAGAACAUUGAUUGCACUGAAAACACUGUAGCGAUAGUGUGGGGAUUGUGUGGAAACCAGGUUUCAGGUGGUUCAGAUGGCAGUAUUUGAACGAAAAAAUCAAUCGCAUUGAAUGAACAGCGCCAACUACCAUUCUAUUUUUAGAAAUAUUAUGACGGUAACACGAAAGGCUAAUCAAAUACAGUAAAUAAUUUUACAAAUUGCAUAGGCUUACUAUAUAAACAGAGGGAUAGCAAUAAUAAAUAAAUAAAAUAAUAUGUUUAUACCUCUCUGAUCUAAAUAGAUCAUACGAGUCAUAUGAAAUUGAGAGAAAACGAUCUCUGAGCUGUUGGAAAUGGAAAAGGGUUGUCUGCCUGAACGGUGCUCAUUUUGACUGACGGGCCACCGCCGGCCGAAUAUUUUUUUGCGCUGUUUGUGAGCACUAAUUGCACGACGCAACACCGUCGUAGGAUAGGAUAAACCACUCGUGGCACAGUGCCAAAAUGUCGAGUGACACAGCGCAAAAGGCAAGUGGUGCAGAGAGAAAGACAAGUAGUACGACAAACGUUUGUGUCACUUAUACUUGCGUUUGUGCUGCAACUUGACUUUUACACUACGAAACUUAACUGUUUUGCUCCGUGUGCCACAUAUGGUUUGUUAUUUUGGCGUUCCGUGUGGAUAGUAAUUGAACACAAUGGCGUCGGGGUUUAAUAUAGAAUGGCGUCGGCUGCCGACGCCGACUCCGGUGUGCGUCAGCCUUAAAGGGCACAGAGAAGCGGACGACAGAGACAUAGGCCUAUGACCAAGGCAAUCCUUCAUUAUAUGUUAAGAAGUUAAAAAAUGUUUUAAGAAAAAUGUUAUGAGAACAACAAUUUUCUCACUAUUAGUGUUAUUUAAUUUCUAUAAUAAGUUAUGAUUUAAUGUUGAUUAUACUGUUGGUCUCGAUAUAACAUUGUGGGAAACGAUGGAUUUAUUACACAAAAACAUAAUUAUUAUGAUUAAUAGUCGAAUAAUAUUUAACCAUAGUAGGCUUAUUUACUUGAGAAGAUAUAAUAUUACAAAGCAUUUAGGCGUACUGUAUAUCCAUCGAGAAUUACUGUAUUAAUGUGUGUUACUGUACUCGCAAAAGUUUAAUUUUAUACGAACAAUUUUUGCUUAUUGUUUUAUAUAUAUAUAUAUAUUUACAGUAUAGAGUCAGCAUGCAGAUGAUAGCUGUCUGUGUUGAGAAAUUCUGAUAUUCGGCUAUUGAUAUUAGCCUUCGAUUACAGUUUCUGUUCAGUUAGCAGGCCUACAAGCCUCCAUGUUUUAUCAUCGUUAUAUAAAUCUGGGCCGCGAAACAUUUUUGGAGUCUGAGAAAUAAAAAUAAUAAUAAUAGUAUAAA